AUGAAUACAUGUUUAUUGAGCAUUAAAUGGCCUAAAAAGAAGUUUUUUUCUAUAAAUCAAUCUUCAAUUUCUUUAAAAACAGCUUUUUUUCAUAAAAAUACCGUUUUUUCUGAUUUGAACAAAUCAAAUAUUCCUGAAAAAAACAAUCCAAACAACGAAAAAGCAAUAGAUUUGGAUACAAAUCAUGAAUCUAAGUUGAAUGAGGUUAAACUGCCUAUAAAACCAAUUCCCCAAUAUUAUUAUACACCAUUCAAAAGUUGCCAGCUUUAUUCACCUAAAGAUCUUUCUUUUGAAGAAAAUCUAAACUACCGUUAUUAUUAUAAACCUAUCAAAGAAGAUCCCUGGAAACGACUUCAUACAACACCUUUAAAACAAUACAAAAGUUUCAAUGUUUUAUCAGAUUUUAUUACAGAAAUGGGUAGAAUUUUGCCAAGAGAAGAAACGGGCUGUACGGCAAAACACCAGCGACAACUUGCUAAAGCGAUUCGCCGAUGCCGUGCAAUCGGUCUUUUAUCCGCAGUCCAAAGACAUCCAAGUUAUGCUGAAAGCAAACGAAGGUCAUGGCCUGAUAUCAUAGCAGCAACAUAUAAAGAAAAUGUUAAAGCCGUCUAA